AUGGAUUGGAACAGGAAGGUUCUAGAGAUUAAAGAAGCCAAGGAAAUUGCUGAUGUCUUUCAGUGUGGGGCUAGACUGACUCUGAGUUGUUUGGGGUUCUCCCACCCCCUCCAGCCCACAACAGAGCCAGAAUCCGGGCCAGUUCCAAUUCCAUUCGGCACGCCUGGAUUAAACGCCCACUCGGGCUCUGAGUUCUGCGCGGUGCUCCAGCUCCCGGGGCCAGGUCGCUGCCCUCGGGGAGUUUACCAUCUAGAAGCUCCACCUCGGCCAGCCCACCCAGUGGUCCCCGAGAACCCAGGCUCCGCUUUCUCCCCCUUCUCCACCUCUCCACCCCCCAGUGAAAGCCGGAAACUUUCAUUUAGGAAUUCCCCGCCCCCAGCUCGAGAGUGCGGGCUGCGGGAGGGGAGCCGAGCCGAGCAGGAGCUGGGGGCCCCAGAAGCGGCCCGUCUGGGGCUGCCUCUCCUCCGGAAGGCUUUCAUUUGCACGUUUGCCUUGAGCUGCGCUCCGAGCCGGGACCCCAGACGGUGCCUCGCGUCCCCCCGCGACCCCCUCCCUUCGGCCGGGUGGGGCUCUGGGAGGGAGCCAGUCUCCUCCUUCCCCCGCCCCCGAGUGGGGCCCAGCCCCGGCCCCGGCCCCGGCCCCAGCCGCCGCUGCAGCCGCCGCUCCGCUGGUCUCGGCUCUCCGGGCCCCCCAACACCUCGGCCGCGCUGUUCCUUCUCCGGCCCCGGCUGCCGGACUACCUGCUCCGCGCGGACUGCCCGACACGUGCGGAGGGACUGACUCCCUGGACGGCCGGGGAGGGGGGGGAAGUCGGCCGGGCCCCUCCAGGUGAAAUGGUUUGGAAUUGAGGAGCGCUCCCCCGGGACCCCCAGAUCUCCCGGACGGCGACGGCGGCGGCAGGGUUGCGGGUGGGGAGC